AGCAUGUGCAGUAUUUGUGAUAGCUAAGGAAAAGGAGCAGGUGAGAGAUCAGAUAUCCCAACAGAUUUUAUUGGAAACACAUGUGCGCCCUUGACCUCCUGUUCUAUAAUUGACCGGAGAGGGGGUCGAAAAGGCUGGAUUGAAAUUCCCCUUCUUUAUCACCAUAUUCUCCUUGGAUCAUUCCCUCACCUCCCCUGACACGAGCACACAGAAACACAGCAGACAAUGGCUGACCCUCUCAGUACGACCAUCACUGUCAUCGCUCUGAUCAAACUGUCAUCAGAGGUGAUUGGGUUCAUCAAGAGUCUUGCCGGUGCGAAGAAGGAUCGCACGCGUCUUCGCGAGGAGAUCCGCUCCUGCGAGUUCAUUCUUCAGCAGAUCAUCGAUGAAAUCGAUGAUGCAGAGCGAGGAACAGCAUGGAUCGCAAAGAAAAAGGCACUCGAGUCCCCUGGCGGUCCGCUGGAUCAAUUGUGGAAGAUUCUCAGCAUCGUCGGGACAAGGCUUACUCCUCAAAAGGGGGCGAAAACAGCACCCAUGUCGAGGAAAUGGCCGUUUACUGCAAAGGAAGUGGAACGGUUCAUAAACGAGAUUCAGCGUGGAAAAACACUGCUUAAUGUGGCUUUGACCAGUGACCAGCGAAAACUAGUUCAGGACAUUGGAAACAGUCGACUGCAACAAGGAAAGCAAGUCAGUAACAUCGAGAGAAUCGUCAAUACCAUGGGUCAAGAGCAACAGGACUACGGCCAAACCAUCCUGGAAUGGAUCACUCCUGUCGACUAUGCUGCCCAACAAACAGACAUUCUCAAUCGACGACAAAGAGGCACGGGCAAUUGGCUGCUGGACACGGACGAGUUCCAGCAGUGGGUAGACGGAGAGAAACGGACGUUAUUCUGUCAGGGAGCGCCAGGAGCUGGUAAGACUACACUGACAUCGGUUGUCGUUGAUCACCUGGAGCGGAAAUUCACCAAGAACGACGGUAUCUGCACUGUCUAUCUCUACUGCAACUUCCGACGCCAUAGCGAGCAGAAAGUGGAAGAUCUCAUGGCCAGUCUCUUGCGACAGUUGUCGCAUGCCCAUUUGCGCAUGCCACAGAGUGUCAAGGCACUGUAUGAGCUGCACAAACCCAAGGGAACACGACCCUCUCUUGAUCAAAUUUCCAGAGCUGUGCAUUCACUCGCUAGUCAAUUCUCCAAGGUCUUUGUUGUCGUUGACGGACUGGAUGAAUGCCAGGUGUCGGGUGAUGCACAGGAAAAACUAAUCGAGGAAAUAUUCAGCCUUCAAGCUGAGUCGGCAGUGAAUUUUCUCGCUACAUCACGAUCCAACGCAAACAUCGUCAGGCGGUUUGAAGGAAAGCCGUCGCUGGAGAUUCGUGCCAAUGCAGAGGACGUGGAAAAAUACCUGCAGAGUCAUAUGGGGAUCCUCCCAUCGUUCGUUUCGCUGGAACGCAACCAGAAGCUGCGAGAGGAUAUCAUAGCCCAAAUCAUCAAAGCUGCUGAUGGAAUGUUCCUUCUUGCCCAACUCUAUCUGGAUUCAUUGGUUGGUAAAAAGUCUGCUCGAGCCAUUCGCACUGCCUUGGAAGGUUUCCAAAACAGAUCCGAUGUAUAUGACUCUGCCUAUGACGAGGCCAUGGAACGGGUAGAAUGUCAGAUACCAGACCAGAGAGACAUGGCCAAGCAAGUUCUGUCAUGGGUUACCUGUUCCAGGAGACAGCUGACUAUUCUCGAACUACAGCAUGUCUUUGCUGUCGAGAAUGGCGAUCCUGGAAUUGACAUGGAGAACAUGCCAGAAGUAGACGAUAUGGUUUCUGUCUGCGCAGGCCUGGUCACUGUCGACGAACAAAGUGGCAUCAUUCGACUGAUCCACUCCACGACACAGGAAUAUCUCGAGAGAACCUGGACAGCCUUCUUCCCUGAUGCCCACCAGGAAAUUGUCUCCAAAUGCGUGACCUAUCUUUCGUUUGAUGCUUUUGAGAGCGGACAGGUUCAUACCAAGGAGAAACUGAAGGCGCGGCUACAACAGUACCCCUUUUACAGCUAUGCCGCGCAGAACUGGGGACAUCAUGCUCGCGAAGCUUCCGCAGCAGGAGAAUCAAUCAUCAAGUUUCUUGAGAGUGGAUCGAAGCGCUGCGCCUCCUACCAAGCCCUUCUGUAUUAUCAAGGACGGGCAACAGUCUCAGAUGGCGAGGUGACAUACCGGCCCUACAAACUCAGCCGACACUUCACACAAUACUUUUUGGAGGGAGCAAAGAUGUCGGCAAUGCAUCUGGCGGCAUUCUUUGGGCUGAAGGAAGCAGUAGUAACUCUACUCGAAAGGGGCCACAUUUCAGAGUCAGGCGAUGGACAAACCCCACUGUCCCUUGCAGCAGAGAACGGUCAUGAGGCAGUAGUCAAGCUUCUGUUGGACCAGAAUAUUGACCCGGACUCGGUAGAUUUGGACGGCCGAACCCCAUUAUGCCGGGCAGCAGAAAAUGGCCACUGCAGCAUCAUCAAACUUCUGCUCCAGAAGAACGCAAACCCAGAGUUUAAGAGUCAUAAUGGCCAAACUCCACUGUCGCUGGCUGCUGAGAAUGGCCAU